CUGUUUUGCAGUAUCGGUAAGUAUACCAGAGGCAAUUGAAUUACAAAAUCAUGAAUUCCUUCCGGGCAUUCUUGAACAGUCCUGUUGGCCCUAAAACAACUCACUUUUGGGGUCCUAUGGCCAACUGGGGAUUUGUCAUUUCUGGAGUGCUGGAUUCAAAGAAGCCCCCUGAUGCAAUAUCUGGCAACAUGACUGCAGUAUUAUGUGUGUAUUCAAUAUUGUGUAUGAGAUUUGCAUGGAUGGUGCGUCCUCGCAAUCAUCUUCUUUUGGCUUGCCAUGCUUCAAAUGAGUCGGUGCAACUCUAUCAGCUCUCACGUUGGCUAAAGCAUCAGUGGUACUUGUCUCAGAAGGAAGAAAACGCUUCUUCAUGACUUAAAGUUCCUUGAAUAAUGCAUGUGCAAGUUCCCAAAUCGUUGCUUGUUUCCUUAUUUCUUUGACGAUAGAGUUGGUUAUCUUUGUGGCAUCGAUUGUACAAGUGUGUACAAGAGUCCCAAAUGGAUGGAACGAUGCAAAAUGGCUGACUGGUAAUGAGCACCAGUAUAUGGAGUAGUGGAGGAGAAUCACAUUAUAUUCUUGAAUUAACAAUUCAACUAUGAUUAGCAUGAGAUAAACUUAGUUUUACAAUUUGUUAUCAUUCUUCAAUGGAACAUGCACGUUAAACAUCUUGCUUUCUGGA